UCGAAAACAUUCUCGCGUGGUCGAGCUAUUUUCAACAAUAUCGUCACCAAAAUGAAUCAUUUGCUCGAAUCGAUCGCGCAAUUAACUCGAGCGGGCAACCAUUGCGACGGUUUCGCCGAAAAAUACGCGAAACGAACAAGUCGGCGAAAAAACACAUGAUGAGCACCGCCGGGCGAGGAUGAUAUACACCCCGUUCUCAGCCAAGAGGGUUUAGCACGCGCUUCUUCCAAACCUUGGGAACCGCGGGAAUACAUCUGUCACAUAUGGCGCGGUUGAGGGGACAAGAAUAAGAUAAACACAACUCGUAAUAUCGAACAUAACCACAUGACAAUGUCACUCUUCUUGAAUGUUGAGGAAUCCAAUUACACGAAUGACAAUGAGCCAGAAGGUCCGCACUUUUCCGAAAGUGAAAAUGAAGAUUAUCAAUUCAAGUAUAUGCCUGCAAAUCACUUCAAGUAUAUAGUAAAGGAUGUACGCAGACAGAGAUGUCGAGAGGAGGAAGAGGAUGUAUGGGCUUCUUUUGUCAGGCAACAAGAAAUGAACGGUUACAAUAAAAAUUGUAUUCAACCGUCUGUUCAUAGCAUAAAACAGCUGUUGGAUGAGGGUAUGAAAGAAGCAGAUAAAGAACUCAGAAGAGUAGAAUUAGAUACCUUGCCAGAUAGAUCAAGAAAGGAAUGUGGCAAGACUAGUAAUAAUAAAAAGAAAAGGACAAAGGUAAAUAAUAUCAGGGACGCCAAUUGGAAGAAGAUGCCAAUUAUGAAAGAUAUGGGAACAGGCAGCACUAAUUUGCUACUUACUAUACCUGAAGAAGAGAACGCUUGCGUGCACCAGAGGAGGUUAGAAUCUGGCAAUGUUAAGUCAUAUACCAGAAAGUCUUGUUCCGCAUUAAGUCAGAAAAAACGAUUCUCCAAACAACCGUAUCAUGCGACUAAUGGUGUCGAAUACAACUCGAGUCCAGAAAACAGCGCGCGUUGCAAUGGUGUUAUUUACAUACGUCCAGAUCCAUUUACUAUGCAUAAAAUUCUGACUAUGCAAAGAAAGGUCUGCGAUUUGCUGGAUGAGAUUGCAUACAGACUAGGAAAUAUUCCACCGCCGGAUGGUAUUAAAGAUCUACAAAAGCGGCAGCAAUGUGUCGCUGAAUUUGCCAUACGGUUCUCGAGAAAUUAUCUGUACGAUUUAAACAGAUACGUGAAGGACAUACAAAAGCAUAUGUGCGUAAUCUCGCCACGAGCUGUAAUCAAACCGAACGACAGAAGCAUCGGACUUCACAUGCACGCCAUCGAGCAAAAGUUACUUGCCGCUCAUCAGUUGUUGUUGCACGCGUUAAUUGCUUAUUGCAAACACAUUCCCAGUUCUAUUCUCAAGGGACAUUCCGGCAAGUUUCGAGAGAUAUUGCAAGUGGUUAUCGAUCUGAAGACUAUGUGCGACAGACUUCAUUUGAAUUAUCUUGAUUCAGGAGACACCGACGUUCUGUCGCUGGGAAAGGAUAUUGAAAACAAGUGCAAUGUCAUUUUGUCGAAGUUAAAGCUACAUUUGAAUAACGAUCUUGAUACGAAUAAAACGUCUUCUAUGGCAUCCUUUAAUUCGUAUUCGAUAAAUAAUAAAAAACGACUCAAUCGCAAGCAGUUCCAAUCCAAUCGAUUGAGCAUGUACAGCAGUACGGAAAACAAGAUUCCCAAAAGUAAUUUUAAGAGUAAAAACACUCGUCAAAAAGAUAAACAGUAUAGUAUAAUAAACAUGAAGAAAGCUUCUAACGAUCCAGCAUCGGAUCGGCAAUAUCCCAGUACUAUAACGCUUCUAUCAUCUAAGGAUGGGAGUCAGACUGCGAUCAAAAAGCAUAAAACAUAUACAAAAGAAGAAGAAAUAAAAACUGUGAUGGAUAUGUUACCUAUAGAUUCAGAUAAUAGCAGCAAUAGUGGAACAGCAAGACACAAUAGUGCGAUGCUCACAAGAAGAAUAUCCAAAUCUUUAAAAAUAGCUUCCAAUAAAUCACAAGAACCAAAACAAUCGGAAACAAUAGAAGAUAUUGUUAAAAAUACUUGCACAAAUAACGACAACAAACCGACACCAAGAGUAACGACGAUUACGGAGAAACAUUUGUCUACUUUAGUACCAAUUAUAGCGGAUCUCAUGUCUUUGGUUUCCAGUAAGCAAAAUAAAUCCGAGACGGAAAUGAAUAUGAAGACAUUAGUAAAGGUUUUAGAAAAAUAUCAACAAUUGCCCAAAAGCACGAAGAUCACAAGUUACGAUACGUGUCCUUCUUCCACACAUGGCAGCUACAAAUGUGAACAUCUUAAAACAAACAGACCUCCAAUUAGAACACGAAAUAAUGACAACAUGCGGUUACUUUGUUUGUCGUCGGACGAAAAUGCAUCUCAAGGACCUCGGUAUUGCGAUGCAUCGUGUCAAGCAGAUCGCGAAAGCCUGACAGAAUUACCGGAUUUUGAGACAAAAAUGAUGGAAGCGAAACGAUUAAAAGACUUGAUGAUUGACAUUGAGCUAGAUAUUCCCGAGGAAACUGAAGCAAACUUUCACAAGUACAAAAACGAGUAUCAACGUACGAUACAGUCGAUUCCGAUGUAUUCUAGCAAUACGCGCAAUAAACCAUGGGACAUUGUCGCUUGGAUAUCCGAUAAACUGGUAGAUGAAUUAAUAACAGAAAUCGCAAAAGAGCUUCAAAUAGAUGAUGUCAUACAAAAGCUCUUCGAGUUAGAAUUUCAAGAGUUCUAACUGAAUGUCUUUUCUGCUCAUAUUAAGAAAACUUAUAUAAAAAGACAUCGUAUAAUGCAAUUUGAUACAAAUUUGAGAUAUUUUAUAUACACAUCCCUCUCUAGUAAUUUUGAAAAUAAAAAUAUUUUUUAAUUA